AUGCCGCCGCAAUCCGAGAGCGGCAACGCAAUCCCACUCGCCAAGCAAUGGUAUUGCUCCAAUGUCCCCGACGGACGCGGGGCGGUGGCUUUCGACAACAUCGUCGACAAUGACUGGUACCUCGCUCAAGCGUCUGCUUUGGCGCAGGUGUCUUAUUCCAAGAUGGAUCAGUUCCAGAAACGGCUCUCUCAGGCCUUUGCGACGGCUUCGUCGGGCACGGUCUAUUUCUUUACGAAGCAGGAGAAUGACGGGACCAGUAUGCCGACGACUUUGGCCUGGGGUGGCUGGGAGUAUCCGGCACUGACGAGGAAUGCGGAUGUCACGGAGAUCAUUCAGGUUGAUCCUACGGUGGAGGGAGACUCGAGCAAGGUUAUCUGGCAACAGGGGGAUGGGGCUUCGGCCACGGAGCCGAGGGGAUAG